AGCUGCAGCCCUGCGCGGGAGUUCCAAACAUGCAACAGCACAACAACGUCGGUCACCUCUACUCUUCGAGCCCGCAGCCGUCGCCGUUGCUGGCGAGACUACCCGCAUUCCGCUACCCGAGCAGAAGCUCGGGCGGCAGUUUCAGCGGAGUGUCCGGAGUAGUGCCGGGCGAAGGCGGCGGCUACGACCAAGUCGUCGCGCUGCCGUUCCUGCCGACGGCGACGAUGCCUUCGCCGUACAUGUUCUCCUCGGACAGUCCCACGAACAGCACGGCAGGCGCCAAUGGAGGAGGCGACGGCUCUCCGGGCAGCGGAGACUGCUACGCGGGUUUAGGUCCCAUCAUCCUGUUCCCGACGUCCGCCGGUCUCGUACCUGGCAUCCCGACCAUGGUCAGCGACCCGGACCAGCCACCGGGCACCCCGACCAGACUGGUCUUCCAGCCCAUCGCGCCUCCGACGCCCGCGCCCGCGGACGUCAUGUCCAGCAAGGGUUUCGAAGAAGCCGCCCGGUACCACCUGCGGUCCUUCUCGUUCGGCGAGGAAGCCAGCAACCUGGCGACGCGCAAGGCUCGUAGGCUGUCCCGUUCUGUGCCUGAACUGAGGCCCAUCGAGCCGCCCAAGUACACGGCUAAGGUGACGAUCGAUGACGACUACGACACGUCGUCGGACGAAGAGAACGUCACCGAGCAGCCCAAGAAGAAAGUGAAGGAGUCCCGUUGGGUUCACUACCUGGAUCUGGUGGCGGGCUGUUCGCGAGAGGCCGUCGGCCUGGGCAACAUCUGGAGGUUCCCGUACUUCUGCUUCGUUCACGGUGGAGGCCCUUUCCUGAUGGCGUACCUGACCCUUCUCGUGGUGUGCGGCAUGCCCAUGAUCUGCAUCGAGAUGGCCGCCGGUCGGGUGACGCAAUCCGGGCCCAUCGCUGCCAUCGCCAAGCUAUGCCCGCUCAUGAAAGGCGUGGGCCUCGCGGGCGUGGCUGCUUCGUUCUUCAUGACGGCGCUGUACGCGGUGCUGUUCUCGUGGGCCCUGUUCUACUUCUUCAACUCCUUCCACGGUGUUCCCCGGUGGGCGAGGUGCGCAAACUCGUGGAACACCAUACGCUGCUCAGAGGACCCCGUCACGCUGGUGAUGAGCCAGUACGGCGGCUUCCGCAACCCCGACGCCCCUCCUCCUCCGCUGACCCUGGAGUUCCCGAACGUCACGAGGCCCACGGUCAACUGGAGCGCGAUGGUGAACGCCACGACGCCGGCGUUCCGCAUCCCGGACCUGGAGCUGGACAUGACGCCGCGACCACGCGCCGCGUCGGCCGAGGACGACAGCUCCUGGGUCUCGUACACGCUAUCCAAGCACACCACCACGGCUCAGGAGUUUUUCGACCACAAGCUCUUGGAGAUGAGCAGCGGUAUCGACUCGCCGGGCGAGGUCCGCUGGGAGCUUCUGGCGUCGGUCGGUCUGUGCCUGUGCCUGAUGUACGUGUCGCUGCGCAAGCACACGUUCUUCAGCGGCCGCAUCAAGUACGUGCUGUCGCUGGCGCCCAUGCUGGUGCUGUUCGCCUUCCUUCUUCGCGUCGUCACGCUGGAUGGCGCUACCGAGGGCAUCAUGUACAUGUUCGAACCAAACAUCAAGGCCAUCAAGAGCGCCAGGCUAUGGAUAUUCGCUCUGGCGCAAACCAUUCACUCACUAGGCCUAACUCUCGGCUCUAACUACGUCGUCAGUUCAAAAAACAAACGCCAGAUCAGCCUAAUGAGAGACACGGUGAUUUCUGUGUUUGUGAACACGUUGACAGUCCUGGUGGUGGGCUGCGUCGUCUUCGGCACCAUCGGCCACAUCUGCGCCCGCUGGCGCCAGAGGAUUGACAGCCCCUUUCUGCACAAAGACCCUGGUAUCGUGUUUGUGGUGUACUCGGAGGUGAUCCGCAACAUGCCGGUUCCCACGUUCUGGGCGGUCUUCUUCUUUUUCUUCUUCAUCUGCGUCGCCAUGGACUCACAGGUGACCAUCGCUAGCACAGUGGUUCAGGCCCUGGAGGAGUCCUAUGGCCGCUUCAUCAAGCAGAGAUUCCAAGGUCACGGCCUCUUCCUGCUCUUCAUCUGCGUCGCCUGCUUCAUCACCAGCAUCGUAUACAUCACGCAGGGUGGCAUCUACUACUUCCAAAUGACCGACUACUACGUGGCGGUGCUCUCACUGAUACUCAUCGCUUUCCUCGAGCUCUGUGCGCUCGGCUGGUUCUACGGCGGCCACAACCUACUGAGUGGCCAAACCGAAAUCAUGCAUCACGUGCCAUACAUCUAUCUCAGGAUCUGCUGGGGUCUCAUAACGCCCCUUGUAUUUGUGGCCAUCAUGGUGUGCGGGGGCAUGUCCUUGACGCGCCUGCGCUACCGCAACAAGCAGCACUUCCCCAUGUGGGUGGACAUUGUGGGAUGGGUGCUGUUUGGCCUCAUCGCCAGCGUGGUGCCUGUGUUUGCAGUAAAGGCACUCCACAGGACGCAGGCGUCGGGCAUCAUAGAGCGGGUGCGGGAGGCUCUGGAGCCCCAGAUGGAAGUGGAACCGCCAAGCGACUAUUACUGGGAGCCCAAGCCCCUGGUGGUCAUCAACAACACUAACAAGACCACAAGCAGCAACGGCCAAGUGGGAGGCACGACGACCACCAAGACGGUCAAGCCUCGCAAGACGUACGGCAGAAGCGGCGAGACCGGCGUGUGAUGCACGAGGAAGCAACCACGGUCACAGCCAGUCUAGACUGAGGCACUGACGCACAAUAGCAGCAUCGACCGUGCCUCAAGACUCGGCGGCUUCGCACUACAGGCGCGCAGACUUCAGACUCCGGAGCCACGUCCAUAGCCAAGCUCACCAGUGCUUUAGCAAGAGUGAUUGCUGCUCAAGUGCCUCUAUCUAUAACUCUACUAGUGUACAGAGAAAAAGAAGUGCUGCGGAGACUUUUAGAUGGUGACGCGCACUACAGACCUCUUAAACUACGCUUUCGGUGCUUCCUGUGCAUUUCCUUUUGUAUCACUGGAACAUUCCACAAAUCACUUUUUUUUGUGUGCACUGCUCGUAUGGUGCUCAUCCUCCAUUGUGCGUUGUGUACGAAUCUGCAAAGGUCAACAAUUGUGAUCGUCCUUGCUCAGCCAUACUGUGGCCAAUGGCAAAGCUCUAUUGUGAUUGGCUGCCAGCACAUCGUAAGGAACAUCGCCACCGAAUGGAACUUCGCACAAUGUGAACCUGGUCACAUGCCAGUGCCGGUUGAGACUUUUGCCAAGUUACGACUGUUGGCAAACAGACUAUUAUUAUAGUAAGAAAUUAAACAGUAUUUCAAGUGUU